AUGUCCGAACCUCCUACUCCUUCACCAUCUCCUUCUCAACCUAAUACACCGGGUGAACCCUUGGGAUAUGUCGAGGAGACUGUCACUCUCCACCAUGAUAGUAAAAACUUCAUCACUGGUAUCUUAACUACCCCAGCCAAUGUUAACAAAGAGCGUCCUGGAAAGGUCGUUGUCGUAGCGCAUGGUCUCGGCGGUCACAAAGACUACUGUUAUCAAAAGUUACUUUGUCGGGUUCUAGCAGAGAAGCUUGGUUUAUACUCAUUCCGCUUUGAUUUCCGAAACUGUGGUGACAGUUCUGAUAUUACCCCUCCUGGAGUUACCUCUACCGAGGGGAAGAAUACCCAGCCCCGUGUUAUCGAAGCAGAUUUACAAGAUUUUGAUCUGGUAAUCUUUGAUUAUUUACUUGGUCAGAAGAAAUUAAUCUUGCUCGGAUUGAUCUGCCAUAGCAGAGGUGGAGUAGCUGGUUUCCGAUGGGCUUUGACUCGUCAACAUAGAGUGCCUAUUCCAAAUUUUAUUAACUGUUCUGCUAGAUAUGUCGGACACGAGCUCAAGUCUCGAGUGGAUACUAUUUAUCCCAAUGCUGCCACGGAGGGCGGAUAUUAUCUCAAGGCCUAUAGACAUGGCGCUUAUCCUAAUGUUUGGAUCCCUUAUGAAGAGACCAUAAAGGUGAGUGGCACUGAUCUGUCCGACCUUCCGAACUUGGACCCCAAUACCUCAGUCCUAAGUGUCUAUGGACUAAGAGAUGAUGUUGUUAGCUUAGAAGAUGUUGGAAAGUUCGCCAACGAUUUGCGACAACGUCAUACCUUGGAACUUCUACAACAUGCUGAUCACAAUUUCUAUGGUUUACCGACUCCUGAGACUGCUCCUAAGAAAGCAAACUAUAACCCAGCAGUUGUGGAUAUUAUUACUAAAUGGCUUUCAAGUGAUUCACUCCGCGAACGUUUUAUGGAGAUUAACAAGUACUCUGGUGUUGUUCCCAGAUGGAAGGAUGUAGAGGGAGUUGCAAAUUUCAGAGACUUUGGUGGCUAUAAAUCUUCGAAGUUCCCCAGUCAGUCAGUAAGGUCAGGGCUUUUGUUCCGAAGCGCCAACUUGUCGCUUGCUACUGAGAAAGGAAAAUCGGUUAUGACUAAUGAAUUGGGAAUUAAGACUAUAUUCGAUCUUCGUUCUGAAUCAGAACGUGAACGUAUGGGUGCUGCUUCUAUACCAGGGGCCGAAGUUAGAUGGGUACCAGUUUUCCAGAAGCAAGAUUCGUCCCCAGAGGAAAUAGCUAGACGGUACCAACACUUCUUUGAUCCCAUGACUGGUUUCGAACAAGCAUACAAGGAAAUUCUUACAAAAGCUGGUCCCAGCUACAGACAGAUCAUGCUGCAUCUUCGUGACCGCCCCAAUGACCCCAUUGUUAUCCAUUGUACUGCUGGCAAGGACCGCACGGGUGUCAUUUGUGCACUUAUCCUUCUGUUCAUGGAUAUCGAUAGCAAUACCAUUGCAAGAGAAUAUGAACUCACAACCCACGGUCUACGCGAAGAAAUUCCUCGCAUAAUCAGUGCAAUUGAUGGUCAAAAGGGCCACUGGGAGGAUCCUGAAAAGAUGCUUAAUAUGCUUUCUUCAAAGUAUGAUGCUAUGAUUGGUUCGAUAAAUAUGAUAGCUAGAGACUUUGGUGGCGUUAUUAGCUAUUUCAAGAAAUACUGUGAUCUUACCGAUGAUGACCUGGCUAAAAUCAAGCAGAACCUCACAAACAAUAGUGGACAAGGUUGGAAAUGGCACAGCGUUUUAUAA